GGCGGCACGUAUAAACAAGAUUAUUUAUGAUAAAAAUCAUGUUUGCUACUAUAAUUUUAAAAUGUAUAAGUCUUGAUUAUUAAAUAAAGACAUUGAUAUUUUAUUGUUCUUAAAUGUAGGCUAAGCCUAACAUACAAAUACUAGUAUGUUUGAAAUACCAGAAGAUGAUCAUUUUUGGGAUGUAAGUUUGUUUUAGUUUCUUAUUUAGUUAAUGACAGUUAAUGACAUUAUUAAUAAUGAUAAUGAGAUAUUGACAUUGUCAAUCUCAUCUAUGUGUUAACUACUUUGUAGCUUAGUGCACUGACAGUAUUUAGCAUAAUAUUGUGAUUGUUAGAAAUAAUUCCUUAAAUUUAAAUAAGACUAAGAGGCAGACAUAACAAGUCAGGGGUUGGGAACCUUUUCUUGUUGGACAUUGAAAGGCUGCAUUCAAUUUCAAUUAACUUAUACUUUAAUUUUAAUCAAAUAAUGCUGCAUUCAAGAAACUUGACUUCUAUCACAUAAAGGUAGUGUGAUUGCUAACACAGCUGAGUAAUCAGUAAUUGAGGAAGUAAAAACACACUCACUCUGUCAGUGUUAGUAUUAUUGCGCCCCCCCCCCUCUCUUUGCUGAUAAUAUACAUUUAUUUUUAUAUUUGGACUGGUAAGAAUUAAUUUAAUUUUAAUGUAUAACUUUUAUUUAAUUAACUAUGAUAGUUAUUUACGAUUAUAUUUAAAAAAACUUCUUUAGGCACAGAUAUGGACAAAGUCAAAGGUUUGAUAUAUAAUUAACAUGCUUUUUCUCGUAUAAAUGUCAGUAUUUCAUUAGUCUGCAACUGAAAAUCAUUCAGAGUAACUGCUAUUUGUAUGUACAGCGCGGUGAGCCCAGCCCUAGGCUGGGGUACCGCGCUAUAUAAGACGUCUUAUUAUUAUUAUUAUAUGUUGUCCAAUAAGUAACCAAGUUUGUUCUUUUGAAUCGUCUGACAAGCACUUCAGUUUUUUAUAUCAUGUUAGUGAUGGGCGAAAAAUUUGGAAAUCGAUUGUUAUUCCAUUAAACGUUAAAAAGAUUUAGCGAUUAAUCAUUUAAUUAAUAUUUAAUUUCCACAGCCCUAAUUUAUAUUACAAGUAAAAUCACAUUAAAUCUUAACUGUUAUUAAAAAUAAUGAAUUUAUUUUGUUUAGCCUAUUGAAUAAUAAUAAUAAGGAUUUGUGUUGUAGAACUUGAUUUCAGGGAAAAGUUAAAAGGCAGCACUUGAAGAUUUAGAACUAGAAUACUGCAAGUUCCCCUCUCCACCUCUUAACUAAGCAAUGCUAAGACUUACCAAGAGUAAGAGUAGCCUACCAAAACUAGAAAUAUUAAUAACUCCAUAAGUUAUGUCAGAGAAGUAAGAGUAGCCUACCAAAACUAGAAAUAUUAAUAACUCCAUAAGUUAUAUCAGAGAAGGCACUACUUAAACUAUGAAUUAAUUUGUCCGUCAUUUACACACUCAGUUAAUUAAAUUUUUCCAUUUUUUUCUAAAUGUGUGGUAAACCUGAGACAAUAUCAAAAUUCAGAAUUUUAUGCAGGCCCUGGCCCUGGGUCUACUUCUGUUAACUAAAUGUACCAUAGAUCAGCGUUCUCCAAACGGUGGUCCAUGGACCGGCAACGGUCUGCAAGCCUUACGUUACCGGUCCAGAGAGCAUGAAUAUUGAUGUUUAAAUAGAAAGAAAAUGUAAUUAAUAAAUCUGGCACCGGUCCCUGUUGCAGUUUCAAAACUUGUCCACCGGUCCGUGAAACUUAAAAGUUUGGGAAACGCUGCCAUAGAUCAUCAUGUCCAUGGCCAUGGUAAUGUCAUAUUUUAGCAUCUUAAAAUCAAUGUCAUAAAUAGUGAACGCAUUUGAGCUAAGUUUUAUAUUCUUCCCUGUCAAGAUUGACUUAAAACACAAAGUCAAUAGGAUUGACUAAGACUAAAUGUAAAAAAUGCAACAGCGUUCUUAAAAUUACUUCACAAUAUUAGAUUUUUAAAGUGAAUUUAAUAAAAAUUUGAAAUAAAUUGAUAAUUUAUUCAUUACAUGCUGGCAACUAUAUGCUGACAUUUUCUUUUAGAAAAACACCUAAUUGAUGGAAGUGGUCUCCAUUUAGGGAUCAAAUUGUGUUGCUAAUGGAAACAAAUUAAUAACUAAUAAGCCUAAAAAUCAAGUAGCUAUUCUAAAUUUGAAAAUUACAUAAUUGAAAGGAUACCGAAACAAUGCAUUUUUUAAAACUAAUUGCAAGAACAAGCAAAGCUCAUAUUAUCCAUGCUGAGAUAUUUUAAAAAAAACUGAGCAUGAUCCUAUUAUAAUAUAACUCUUAUAUGUUCAGGGCAAUUUAGUGUUUCCAUGAAAUUGUAAAUUUAGAUGAUGUUAUUUUCAUUUCUUAAAAAAAAAACUUGUCAUAAGCUGGUGAUGUUAUUGAUAUCUAUUUUUAACUUUAUGAAAAACACAUGUAUUAGAAUGAGAAUUUAUGUUUCGUAUUUUAGGAACUUCCCAUUGGAGAUGAACCUGACAUAGAUAAUAACAAUGUACAUAUUUCAGGUAAUUUAUGAGUUAAAACUUUAAGUAUUGGAUUUAUAUUCAAUUAUUUUCAAUUGCCUUAAAGUUUUUGGCAGCAAUCUAUUUCAAGGUUAUCUUUCUUUCCUUGUACUACCUCAUGUACCUGCUCUUUUGCAUUAGAGUCAAACACAAUCUUUAAAAUAAAAUAUUUGAUCUUUAAUUGAUUUUAAAAACUAAUUAUAAGGCAAUCCAAAACAAUUUUUUUUAUCAAAACAAUGUCUAAUAUUUUAUGUGUAAAUUUAUAUCAUUAUUCAAACAGAGCUUCCAGGGCCUAUUAAAUUUGAUUGUGGUGGUAACCCACAGCCUAGGAUUAACAGAGAAGUCAACCUUAAAAGAUGCAAACGAAAAUUUCCUGGUCCCGCUGGCAUUCUACCUCCAUCUGUAAGUGUCUUAUUUUAGGAUAUCGCCUGUUGACUCCACUUAUUUGAUCACAAAAGAAUUUCAAUACACAGUUUUAAAAAUGUUUUCUUUGUUGUCCAGGUUUCAAAACCCAUUUGAAUAAUUAUUAUCAUCAACUUACAAUAUGAACUGCUACGUAAGCAAAAAUAUAAGCUUUAGAAAUUUUAAGUUAAACUGGAAGGUACUACUAGUGGUAACCACAAAAGCCUUUUAACAAAUGCAAUAAUUCUUUGUCAUGUAUUUUCUGAAAUGCUUGUCUAAAUUUUUGCGAUGCAUGACUUUACAGAGCCCAGGAAGCUAUUUGAAUGUUAAACUGAUUGAAUCGCCUGAACUUAAGUUGCUUCUUGACAGUCCCAGAAUUCCUCCUGAUCAUAAUAACGAGGUACAUUUUGAUGAUUUUGUUAUAUUUUAUGUUUUUUUUGUUAUUACAGGUCUUUCUUUUAUUAUGUAAAAAUUUUCACUGGACACAGUUUCUAGUAUAGAGUAGACCUGGACUAUUGCUUUAGCUGAAAGACUGCAAAUAAAACUAAAUCUAAGAAAUUAUAUUGAUAAACAUAGCCUUUAUUUCAGACUUAGUCAUUGUCUUUCAUACAGUAAUGGCUUGGUAGGAGGUUCACAUUCAGUAUAAAUUAUAUAUACUAAUUAGGAACAUUAAAAACAGUGGUUAGAUCACGGAUAGAAAUAACCUGUAAUGCAUGGAGCCCAGCACCUUGAGUGAGCUUUCCUUGAAUGUGGCUUUGCUGUCAGCACUAUCCUUUGACUGGUCAACUGUAAAAGGGUUGGUAAGCUGGGGGUAUUAAUAAAACUGAUGGGGAAAGUUAAGUAAAUCUUCAAUGCCAUACAUUUUUUAGUGACAAGAUUGAUGGCUGUUUCUGUUGACUUAAUUCAUCACUCUGCCUGCAACAAAACUGAUAUAUUAAAAAUAAAUUUGAAGUAAUAUAUUUUUGUACUGAUUGUCAUCACACAAUUCACGCUGUUAAUUUUUCAAUAACAAAAUAAAUCAUGAAAAAAUCAUAUUAUUUUGUAGCCAAUUAUAUUACUUUUGUCAAAAAUGGAUUUAAUUUUUAAAAAAGGCUUAAAAUACUUAUAGCUGUCAUGAUUUGUAAAAUAUUGUUGUUAUCAUAUUAAGAUAUUUAAACUAUUUUAGUAAACAGUUCCUUAAAAAGUCAUCUGUGGAAAGAAAAAAGCCAUUUGAUAGACAGCCUGAUGUCAUCAAAUUUUUCAAUGUAUUUAUUGAAUGAUCUCAUUUUUCUCCUUAGAAUGAGAACAACUCGUCGUCUCAAGUUUCUGCUGAUGAUAUUUUUGCAUCCGGGGCCUGGAAGUCUUUGGUGGCAGAUUUGGGCCCAGAUUCUCCAUCAUUACUUGCCAAGUUUUCAGUCAAGUCAAUGCUUUUAAAAGUAAGGCAAAAUAUUAAUCAGCGUACAUCUACAUAACAAUUCAAACAUAACUCUGUGAUCACUUCCUUCUUACAAAAAUAUAGGUUAUCUGUUAUAACGCUUAUAUUACAUUGUUAAGUGGUAUAAAUUGUUAAUAAAAUUUAAUUAAAAAAAUAUUUAAACAAAUAGUUCAGUUAUCUAUGUUAUAAGCUUUAUAAAUUUGUACAUUACAUAGAAGAAUUGCUUUUACAGGCAAGCAGGAAGCUUCUCCCACGAGGCAAGAUUCCUCUGAUCCUUGGUGUCAUAGAAAGUAUGGACAUGCAAGGUUCUGAUGCCUCUGUUGUCAUCAGGGACCCUACAGGUAAUGAAAUAUUAAGGCCACAAUACCAUUAUACAGUAUGAACUAAUAGAUACACUGAAAAUAUAGCUCUCAAAUUAAUUGACCAACUUAAUAGCACCCAUUUAGAGACUUAUUCGAUUGACACGUUGAAUAAUUCUGAAACAAACUUUAAAAAUACACUUUAUGUUUACUUCAUAUAGCAGUAUGCAUAAACUGAUGUUAAAUAUGUAGUCACUUGCAAUAAGGGAGGUUGGAGACUGCUACAUGCCGUAAUGCUAGAUGUGUAAUAAGUGAAACUGAAUUUCAGAAAUCUUUUUUUGAAAAUAAAUAUUUACCCUAUCCAUCGAGUCUUUUCCACUGGAUUAGUUCUGUUUUCAUUUCUCAUUGUAAAUAAUAAUAUGUAAUUAUAAAUAUAGUUAACUUUAUAUAAUCUUUUUAAAAAAAAAUUCUUAUAGAUUACUGAAUGCUCUCCCUUGCAUAAUGUUCUCCCUUUAACUAUAACUGCUCUGGAUUUGUAUUCAUAUUUUCUACAUCCAGGUAAAAUGAAUGGAUCUUUGCAUCAAGAUCUUAUCAAGGACCCAAACACUACUAUACAGCCUGGAUCUGCUGUUAUUCUCAGACAGGUAAACAAGGAAAAGUUUUGAUUUUUAUAAUUAUAGCCACUCUGAUUUCUUCGUGAAAUGUUUAUAAACGAAAUUAUAUUGUAAAUAAGUAUAUCAAACUUUUAUUCUUGCUUUCUUAUUGAAGCUCAUUCAAAUAACUGGAAAUGUUGCAUAGUUACUUAGUUUGUAUCAUGUUGCAUGUGGACAACUAACUGUGGCUCAAAUACAGCUAGAUUAAGAAGAAAGUCUGCCAUUGUGUUUGGUGGGCGGGCAGAAGAAAGGGGGGGAGGGGGGGUCCGGGUCAGCAAGAUAAUGUUCUUUAUUCAUUUUAUGAAUUGAAUUUCAAAAGAGGCUUAGUUUUCUUGGGGAGAGGGGGGGUGGUGUUUGUGUGCCUAUGAACCAGUUGGCAAAGUUGUGACAGCAUUGAAGAGUUAUAUCAAUCAAAGUAAAAAAUUUGGACACUUUAAUCUCUCUCUACGUAUGAAUUUAAAAGUAAAACUCUUUUUAGACUCUCAUGGAAACUUCAAUCAACAAAUUAAAAUUGCCAUUAAAUAAUGUUUAAAGUACUUUAUUUUUUAGUUUAUUAAAUGCGCCCUUUUUAAAAUUUGAGAUAGAACUAGAUUAAAAUAAAGAUUUGUAUGUUAUUCUAACUCUAAUCAGAUGUUAUGAUUCCUCCUGACAGAUCAGUGUCAUCAGCCCUUCCAUUCGAACGCACUAUCUAAAUAUCACUCCGGGGAAUAUUGUGCUUAUCUACUCUGCCAGCAGACAGGAUGGAAUAGACAAGCGGCCGUGGAUCUCCCAUUCCGUUUCAUCCCCAGAAUCCAAAGUGUGCACCAAAGACUCUGUGGAGAUACCCUCUCUGAAAGAAAUCAUAGAAGAGUCGGAACAAGAGCUGUCCAUGUCUCUGAGAAACUUCAGACAUAAUUUAAACCGUGGUACCUCAUCUCUGGCAUCUUCUUUGGUGUCUCCGAGAUCAACGGACUUGACCAGUCCAACUUCCUCCUGUUUGUUUAGUCCAAGAUUUAUUUCCCCUUCCCCAGCUGUUUCAAGAACCUCAAAGCUGCCCGUUCACAGACCUAGGCUGUGUCCACCCAGUAAUCUACCGGCAAGUUACUCCAAUAAUCUACCGACUAGUUACUCCAGUAAUCUACCAGCUAGUUAUUCCACUUACAGUCCCUCAAAUAGAAAUACUCCAUUCUUCCAGCCACAAAACAGAAACGGGGCUACAAUACCGCUUCACUCAGCGAAAAGUGUCGCCCCAAACUUUUUGGAAUCUGGUCACAUGAUAAGUGGUGCGGAGGCGAUCAGAAGCCCAGACACAGCAGCUACAGAUAUCCACAUGAAAUGCGGUAACACACACAGCUCAAAUCUUACACCACAAAAUAUUAGAGGUUUAAGUCACAAAACUUCAGUUACAGACCAGCCGUCGUUGUGUGCUGGCAUAGAAAAAAUAAAAACUAGCAACAGAUUGGUUUAUGAAAACUUCCCUGAUGAUGACGAUCACGAGAUGUUACAGCUCUGUGAUGUAGCGUACGGUCAGGCUGGCAGGACAGGUGCAACCACUGACAAAGUGUGUUCUGUAUUUCACCCCGCGACUAAAGAAUUGAGCCCAACAGCGUCUACUGAUAAUGAAGUCCUUGACAAGGUAUUUGAUGACUGCAGAAGAGAAGAGUUUCGCACUUGGCACCUUAGCGACAGCAAAAGUGAUCAAGAUGUACAUUCCAGAUUUGUAGAGCCUCCAUCACUCAGUAUAUCACGUGCAGCUAAAUCCAGCAAUGAAAAGAGAUUCACUUUCAAGCGCAGUGUCUCAUCUGUUCAAUCGUCGCCUGCAGCACUUCCGCCCAAAAGACCCAUGUUUGAACCCAAUUUAUCCAGCUAUGGUAAGGCCCUAACUAAAAGCAACAAUGAAUGCCAUGCUGAUUCAUCGUAUUUGGGAAACAAAAGUUCUAAGGAAAAUCUGUUAGUACAGCCGGCAGGUCCAACGAACAUCGCCCCGCCAUGUUCAGACACCACAUCAUUCAAACGUCCAGGCUGUUCUCUGACAGCCCCCGGUGUUGACUCUCUUGUGACUUGCGGUAAGGCAGCUGAAAGAGAUUCAAGGAUUCAGUUGGGACAGAGAAAUGUGAGCCUGCCACCAGCUAGUCCACCCACUGCCAACACUAUAUUGGCACAUUGGGAUGAUGGUGAGUUGGUAGACUAGACAUUACUGGUAUAAAAAACAGUUAAAUGUUCUUUAUUAGAGUGUCACGUCAUCUGAAUUUUUUACCUAGUGGCAUUCUUAUGCCUACUGACCUAUGUAUGCCUAGUGGCCUCUGUUACUUUUGUUUAAGUUUCAACUCAUUGGCAUCAAACUGGUCAGCUUUAAAUUACACUAGAGAAAUAUCUAAGUAAUUUUUUGGAUAAGAGUUGUCAAGAGUAGAUGUUUUAUCUUUUUUUCACAACUGAAACAUCUUGUGUAUAUUUUCUUCUAUUUUCAGAUUUAAAUGAUGAUCUCCUUCUCUCUCAGCUGUCUGAAGACUUUUAAUGUGUGUUUCAAUUCGUUCCUUUUGGGGUAUUGCAUGAUGAAGAGGGCAUGCAAAGUAAAAAAUCCUUUUUGUUAACAUUUGAUGCAUUAAUAGCACAA